UCAUCGUGUCUCGAUUCCCGCGUGCAACCAGAACGUGUUUUGGAUGAUUUUUGUCCAACAUUUAAGAGAAUAGAAUAUAUAAUUUCCAGGGAAUGCAGCGACAGAAACCCAAGCGGUCUGGAAAACCAGGUCCGCGCCCCAGGACGAGCAAUGGCAAACCCAGCCCCAACAACAAGCUGAAGCGACCAAGGCCAGAGUACAACAAAUCAAAACUUGCGGCCAACGAAAAAGAAAUCCAAGAGCUCCAGGACCGAUACAAAGAGAUCGAUGCACAGGCCAUCAAGAAGUUCGCUCAGUUCCCACUCUCGCAAAAGACGCAGAAGGCCUUGGCCGAGGCCAAAUUCGUCAAUCCAACGCAAGUGCAACUGGAAAGCCUCGGACCAGCAUUACUGGGUAAGGAUGUGCUGGGCGCCGCUGUUACUGGCAGUGGGAAGACCUUGGCAUUCCUCAUACCCGUCUUGGAGCACCUGUUCAUCAACAAAUGGUCGCGCACGGAUGGAGUGGGUGCCAUAAUCAUCUCGCCCACGCGCGAGCUGGCCUACCAGAUCUUCGAGACCCUUAAGAAGGUCGGCAAGCAUCACGACUUCUCUGCCGGUCUGAUAAUAGGGGGCAAGAAUCUGAAGUUCGAGCGAACGCGAAUGGACCAGUGCAAUAUUCUGAUCUGCACGCCCGGCCGUCUGCUGCAGCACAUGGACGAGAAUCCGCUGUUCAACACCAGCUCAAUGGAGGUUCUGGUCCUGGACGAGGCGGAUCGGUGCCUGGACAUGGGCUUCCAAAAGACCCUGAAUUCUAUAAUCGAGAACUUUCCGCCGGAACGGCAGACUCUGCUCUUCUCGGCCACGCAGACAAAUACAGUUCAGGAUUUGGCGAGACUCAAUCUAAAAGAUCCCGUCUAUGUGGGAUAUGGUGGCCAAUCAGCAGCUUCCACCUCAUCGUCCGCAUCCACAAAGGAGAGUGGUCAGACGACUGCCGUUCUGGCAGUUCCAGAGCUGCUGCAGCAGAGCUAUGUGGUCCUCAAUCUGGAGGACAAAAUCACUAUGCUCUGGUCUUUCAUCAAGAACCACUUGAAGCAGAAGAUCAUCGUGUUCGUUUCCAGCUGCAAGCAGGCGAAGUAUCUCUACGAGAUAUUCUGCAAGCUAAGGCCGGGGUGUCCACUGCUUGCCCUCUACGGAACCCUGCACCAGGAUCGCCGCAUCGCCAUCUACGAAGACUUCCUGCGGAAGAGUCACGUGGUCAUGUUCUCGACAGACGUGGCCUCACGCGGCCUCGACUUCCCCGCCGUCAACUGGGUUGUCCAGCUGGACUGUCCCGAGGAUGUUUCCCAGUACAUCCAUCGAGCGGGUCGCUCUGCCCGCAACAAAACCCGUGGCGAGUGCCUACUGGUCCUGACUCCCAGCGAAGAGGAGUACAUGAUCGGGGCGCUGAAGGAGCAGCUCAACCUGAACAUCCACUGUGUCCAGAUUGAUCCGAAAAAACUUUUCUCGCCGCGCGUCAAGAUCGAGGCGUUCCUGGCCCAGUUCCCCGAGCUUCGAGCCACCGCUCAGCGUGCCUUCCUCUCAUACCUCAAGUCCGUCUUCCUCAUGCGUAACAAGCGUCUGUUCAAUGUGUUUAGUCUGGACUUGGACGCCUACGCACAAUCGCUGGGCCUGGCGGUGACGCCGCGUGUCCCCUUCCUCGAGAAGUUCCUUUGGCGUCAGAAACAGCUCCAGCAGCAGCAGAAUCUGGCGGAGGGCCCUGCCGACGCCAGUCCCAGUUCCACCCUUCCUAAGAUUAAUAGACAGAAAACCUUUGGUGCGGAUGAUGGCAGUAAUGAAGAUGAUGAUGACACCGAUGAUGAUGAUGACCUGAUCAGAGUCAAGCGAAGAGAUCACGAUGUGGAGGGUGGACCCCUGGAGUUACAGCUGGACCAGACCAAAGAUGAGGGCGAGCUGGAGGAGCCGCUGGUGGUGCCCAAGCGCGAAAAGCUCGUCACUAAGGCGUCGCUGGCUAAAAAGGCGCUCAAGAAAAAUUUGCAGGUUAACUCAAAGCUCAAGUUCGACGAAGAGGGUGAAACUGUGGCCGACGAUCGCAGCCAGAUGAAGGCACUCAGUUCCAGGCAGCAGCGCCAGAAAAAAGAUAACAAGGACGACGAUGGUGGAAUCAACUUGGUGCUAUCCAAGACCCUACUCUCCGAGGAGGAUCAAUACGACAAACUCCGCUUCCGCGAGCUGGUCAAGAAGCGUCACAAGCUACAGCGCGAGAAGCUCCGCAAGAAGACAGAGGCUGCCCAAGGAUCGAGCGAGGACGAAGAGGACGUCAACGAUCAGGAACCAGAUGCCGAUGCCAAUAGUGAUAGUGAUAGUGACGGUUCGGUGGACCUGUCCUGGCUGCCCGAUCCCGAUAAAGUAUACAAAAAACAAACCAAUCCAAAUGGGGAUCAUCAAUCGCAGCCACAGCCAGAGCCCAGUUACAGUUCUGAUGAUAAUGACGAUGAUGGCGAGGACUCCGAUGACGAGCCCGCCUAUAAAAAGUCCAAGUUAACGAAUAAGAUGACACUGAUGGACACGGAGGCCAUUGUAGCCAACCUUUUGGGUAGUUAAGUGGGAAGUGGGGCUGGACUGUUUCAAUAAAUUAAUGCAAAUAAUUGUUAUCAUA